CGCCCCCCCAACCCAACCCAACCAUCCUCCUAGUCACGCCGCGGUCCAAGCUACGUCCCGCGUGGCGCUCUGCACCCGAAUCAUUCCUCCCCCACCAACUGCCAAACGCAAAAUCGUCUAUCCCAGCAUUUGAGAGGAAUAGGCGGCGCCGCAUAUCUCUGUCCUGCGCGCCCUUGCAACGGAACCCAGGCUUUCUUUUCCAAACACCACAGCUCGAAAGUUUUAUCCUCGAGGGAUCGACCGACUUCUAUGUCUUGGCCAAGGGUGGCUUCUCAGAAAGGUUCCCAAUAGGAAGCUACGACCGCCGACAAGAUCUGCCUUUUUCUUAACAUUGGUUCCAGCCGAAGAUGGCCGAAUCAAGCCCACUUGAUAUACCCAACGCGAAAGGCGACGAUGCCCAUACCGACAGUGAAACCGCCUUCUCUCUCGAUCCGGUCGAGACUCAGUCCACCCUUAGCUCCUCCCCACCAGACCAAGAUGGUCUUCAUACACCGACACUAGGGCCUGUCAACUACGGAAGCCCAGAGCUUUCGAGAAAUCCGUCAUUCUCUGGCAGCAGUUCAUAUCAAGAGGACUGGGAUGUGUUCCCGCCGCUGGACCGCAUCUCCGUGCUAGACCUUCUUGACAACUUUGCCUUGCCCCAACAGCUCGAAAAGCUACAGAAAGGCAUUUCCGCUCAAACGCAGAAGGUUCGCAAAUCAAGAGACGUCUUCAAGAACAAGAGUCAGCAUGCCCAAAAACGAGUGGUAGAGGAAUGGCGGCGCCGAGUUCCUACUGCAGAGGAACAGCUCGAGAGAUACAGAAAACGGAUGCGCAGUAGUGUUGAUAAGCUUGGGAAGCAGUGGAACGACACCAGAGUGGUAACGUUGCGCGAAAAGGUGUCCUUCAUCUUUGGCGUCAUGAACAUUUUCGUGAGCGGUCUUCUCAUGGGCGGCUGGCCCGAGUACUUCCACCUGUGGUACACAGUUCAGGUCAUGUACUUCAUGCCCAUCCGCUACUUCACCUACCACCGUCGCGGUUACCACUACUUCCUUGCAGAUCUAUGCUAUUUCGUCAACUUGCUCUUGGUUCUUAGCAUCUGGGUUUUCCCUGGCUCAAAGCGACUCUUCCUAGCCACCUACUGCCUCGCGUUUGGCAACAACGCCGUGGCCAUUAUCAUGUGGAGAAACUCGCUCGUUUUCCACAGUUUCGACAAGGUUACCUCUCUCUUCAUUCACAUCAUGCCCUGCGCAACACUUCAUUGUAUCGUCCACCUAUGGCCUGAAGAGCUUCAGGCUAGCCGUCUCCCUUCCAUUUGGACUAUAAAACACUCACCUGCUGGUUCGCCCACAGCCUACGGAAACAUCGUCUCCAUGCUGGCUUGGAGUUCCAUCCCAUAUGCUAUAUGGCAGUUGUCCUAUUACUUCUUUAUUACAGUUCGCAGACGCGACAAGAUUGCUGCGGGGCGGCCUACAUCCUUCACCUGGCUACGAAAGUCAUACUCCAAGACCUGGAUCGGCAAAGUUGUACUUUCGUUGCCGGACGCUCUACAAGAAUCGGCAUUUAUGCUGAUUCAGUACUCGUAUGCGGUACUUACCAUGCUUCCUUGUCCCAUCUGGUUCAUGAGCAGAUACGCCUCAGCGGCCUUUCUGACGAUCGUCUUCACAUGGAGUGUUUACAACGGAGCAACCUACUACAUCGAUGUUUUUGGGACGCGCUUCCAGAAGGAGCUUGAGGCUCUCAGGGCCGAGGUCAAGCAUUGGCAAAACACCCCCGUGAUGAGCGGCCAUUCCCCCCCGAUGAUGCCUAACCCUGAGGGGCCCCCACCAAGUGAGCUGCAUCUGGCAAAUACCAACGAUCCGAUGAGCGAUGAGAACCUCGAAAAUGUCUCCAAGCAUGAAAAUAACGUGAUUGGGGAGAGCGUCAAGGCAAGCGGCCCCUCGGAUCGAAUUCCGCUGCCGGGUGCGGAGCUUUCGGCUCAGGCUGAGGCCAGCGGCGUGGAUGGAGGUGCCAGAGAUGUUGCCAGAGAGAGGAAAGCGAGUUGAAGUGGAGCCUGAAGGCCAAGUCUGGCCUCCAUCAGGAAGUGUGAGUUCGGAAGCGGCUAUGAGGUUGGGUGUCUGCAACGCCACGAGGGGUUCGUUUUCUUUUCAAUCAUCUGCGAAACAAUUAAUUGCCAAGGGCUUUGGAGUGCUUGGAAUGUCUUAUUUGCUCAUUGACGAUGCACGUUUGUUUACUGUAUACUGCAUACCCGUGGGCCUAUUCACAAUGACGUUCAGAUGCAAUGGGAAUGAUUUAUGAGCGCCUUUGCUUGAGGGCCGAUAGAUUAGCACUGCUGUUUUCUGUCUGACGCAUCAUUACAUGAAUGCAAGA